AUGAUGUCGUUGGUGGACGUUUGGAACAGAAACGAAGAAUCUCCAACGAAGAGUGAUUGUAAGAAGCAAACCCACUACACCGGACCGCACCAUAUGCAGCUAGACACGAUGCAGGACAUCAUAUGUGAGGACGACACAGUGAGAUAUGUGCGCUUGAAAAGUGAAGAAAACGGUAGUGCAGGAAACAACAACAAUAACAGCAUCAGCAACAAUAAUAACAACGGUGUCAACAGUUCGUCGUCCAGUAGCAGCAACGGCAACAAUCUACCGAUGGAUAAGGACGAAAAGCGUAUGCGUCGCGAAAUCGCGAACAGCAACGAACGACGUCGGAUGCAGAGCAUCAAUGCGGGAUUUCAGAGCCUGCGACAAAUGCUGCCACACCACGAGGGCGAAAAGUUAAGCAAGGCCGCGAUUUUGCAACAGACCGCCGAAUACAUCUAUUCAUUAGAACAAGAAAAGACUCGUUUACUAUCGCAAAACUGUCAGUUAAAACGGACAAUUGAUCAACAAGACCACAAUGGAACUCCAGAUCCAUCGCAGACUGCGACACAAACUGUAGCGAGCAAUGCGACAAAUGGCAGUGCUGUGGUGGUCUGCCAACAGCAACAGCUGGUGUCAAACGUUGGAACUGGUGGAAGCGGUCAACCAGGAGCUACGGUAGUGGCAACCGUUGCCAAAAAGCGUAAAAUCGACACCAUCGUUACCGCGCAGCCGGUAUCAGAUUCAUCGGACGAGGGAUUAGGGUCAAUGUCGCCGGAACCGGUGUCGUUACGCGCUGUGAGUGUUACCUCGAACGGAAGUAACUUAUCUAACGCGCACUCAGGCUCGACAAUGAUCUCAAGCCCAUCCACUACCCACGGGAGACAAUGUACGACGGUGAACUUUUCCGCAAAAGACUACUUGGAAUUGAAACAUCAGCUUGAAGUAGAACGACGGCAGAAACUAUUGAUUGAGGACCGAUUGAAAGCACUCGAACGCCAACUCUAUCCCACCAGGAUACAGUAUCAGGAAUCUUCGGAGCUGGUUGUACCCGACAUCAGCAACGAACCAUCAUCAGUAUCAUCACUUGCUCCGGAAGAUGUUGCGGUUUCGAUAAUUCAUAAACCGGUCAGUAGUGGUGGAACCACCGUAGCUGGCAAACUAUCGCGUAUUCCUGGUGAACUGGAAGGCGGUAUGCAAGUGAUCUCCCUAGAUGCUAACAGCCUGGGAAAGAAUCAACAUGUAGUCGUAUGUUCUGGUGAAUUGAUAGAAGAAGCACUUUCUAUGCAGACGGUCCCGGCAGCACCGAAACAGCUGGUUAUACCGAUGAAGGAGGAAAAGUUGUAUAUCAAACGGUCCCGAUCUCGAUCGCCAGCAGUAGGAGAAGCGACCGUGGUAACGUUGCCCCCUAAGAAAAAUCGUUACCCUUCCAUCUUAGAGGCAGCUAUCAAAGCUGAACCGAAGGUGGAAGUAGAACGUAUCGAUUCACCUUCUUCGAUUGUGGUUACUGAUGAUCAGAUGAUAGUGUCAACAACGGGUUCGCACCUGGUCGGAACAGGUGCCAGUUUAGCCACUGUCCAGCAGCCUCGACUCAAUUGUAACUACCGCCACAACCUCGAAACUAUAGUUGAAGCAAUCCGUCAUCUCGAAGGUGAUGCAUUUGAUGCAGUUGUACCAACGCAACAACAGCAACAUCAACAGCAACAACAACAGCAGCAACAACAGCAGCAGCAACAGUCAUUACAUCAACCAGUACAACAACCUCAACCCACUCAACCUCCAACAGUAACAUCCCAAUCGACUAUACAACAGAGACCUAUGCAGGAAGUUCCACUGGCGUUGACAACAGCGAGUAAACAACAGACUCCGUUAAUACAGACGAAAACUGAUCGUGAUCACCGUCAAAGUCAGCUAGAACCGUACCUGAAGUUUCGAUCAGCGCCAAAUCCAACCGCAAGUGCUGUACUUCCGUCGGCUAGUGCGUCCAAUUUAGUCGCCGCUGCUGCCCCUAGCGUCGUGACAGUAACGCCCCAGACGGGUUCGAUCAUUUCCGUAUCAAUUGCACCAACCGGAAGCGCCACGUUGCCGGCCGGUUCCAACUGUCAUUCACCUGCCGCCGCAUCUUCGACGACAACAACUACGAUCGUGGCCAAUAGUUCCGUCGUGUCAGCGAAUAUACCGCAGCAGCAGCAUCCGAACACGCUCACAACGGCCGCACAACUUUUGCAACAGCAGCAGCAGUGCAGGCCUGGUGUAAUAGUGGUGAAGCAAAAUUCAUGA